AUGACUGUUCUACGUGCUGGACACAGAAAAAGGACAUCUAAGGCAUGUGACUACUGCAGAUCAAAGAAAAUCAAAUGCGACGGUCGACCCCAGUGUGCCGUCUGUGUUAAACAUCACCUUAAAUGCACGUACAACUAUGUGGCCAAGCGGAGAUCGGGAUCAAAGAAGAAGAAUUCAAACCAGGUGAAGGUGGAGUCGGCAAAUUUCUCGGGUAUUGUUUCGAUGAGCAGUCCUAACUCGAGCAUAAAUUCCUCUGAAAGCAAAUGGGAUAACAGUGUUGGACUUCAACCGAACAUACCGGUAGAAAAUCAUGUUCCCGCGGCCUCUUUGGCCCUCGAUAAGAAGAUUGAAAGCAGACUCGACCAGCUGGAGUCUAUGAUCAGCCUCUUGGUUUCCAAAGUGGCCCCUGAAGCUCAACAUGAUGGUCAAUCACCUUCAGCAGUCCAGCAAGACCCUCCUAGACUUACGUUGAAUCGUCGUAUAUCUUCACAGCCAAGUUUACCUUCCAUCAUGCUUGCCAGCCAGUCAAGUGCUUAUUCUUCUCUUUCGCCGUCCCAAUUAUUCCCCAAAAACAACCAGAUACUGUACAACAAUACCUCACUCAACGGGCCAUCAAAGCCUACAUUUAAUUUGUUCGGAUCCGGCACUCCAAUCGCAUCUUCCGCUUCCAUGCCACUGAUAAUGAAUCCCGCUUCACCAUUUAGACCCUCCGGGACAAGGCCAUCUUUGACGCAGCCGGUUUCUUCCGCUUCCCCCUUAUCUGGAAACAGUGAUUCAUCCAAGAGUCCCGCACUGUCGCUGUCAAUGAAUCCGGUGGCCAACAAUAAUCCGAAGGUGAAGCCUGGCGAUUACUGCGAAAUGUACUUUGGAAAUCACACCUCUAUCUCGUUGUUCUCUUGCCGGGGCUUGAAAUGGAUAGAUAGCAAGGUGAAAAACAAGAAUGUGACUGCUCCACUCAGAGAGUUUCUUUGCACAUUUGUUCGGCUCGAGCACCGUCAUCUAUCUGUCUGGGUCGAUCCUAUAGAGAAAAACCAGCUUGUUCCAUUCCCCCCUCGCGAGGUCAUAGGCAUAUUAUUGGAAGAGCUAAAGACGCCCAACGUUUUAUCCAGAUUGAUCGAUUACCCAUCUCUUUCAAGGUUACUGAAGAUGUAUUGCGAUCAUCGUGAUGGAUUGACGCCUGAGCCAAGAUACACAUACUCUGAGUUGCUCUUGAUGAACUGCUCGCUCCUAGUUGCCGCCGCACUUUUAGAGGAGAAAAGACAGGUGUACGGAUCUUCCGGCCAGAACCCGACCUGGGAAGAUUUGGAAAAGAUGAAGUUCGAGCUUCUCAAUAAUUCCUUAUUCUACUACCAUCGUGUGUCCGUCGUGUUUGAUGGUUUAACCGGUAUCAGAGGAAUCAUGCUACUUUCGCUAUAUGCUGACCUCGUCUCUCUUUCCCAGGGUGCUUAUCUUAUUGCUUCUACAGCUAUCAGGCAAGCCCAGGACAUGGGUCUUCAUCAGGGCUCUACGUACGUUGGAAUUUCGGAAAAGGAGAAGAGGAAAAGAAGCUUUAUUUGGUGGGUGUGCUAUGAUGCCGACCGUGGGAUGUGCCUACGGUUCGGAAAACCACCUAUUAUAAAUGAUAAUGACGUCUCUGCACCUCCGCCAGAUGGAUUAACUAGAUCAUGGAUGAGCAAGCGGCUGUUUGGUGAUGAUGAUUCUAGAAUUAAGGAAACUCUUGAACACUUGCUUGCGGAAAAGCGGUUGAGUGAAGUAAAUUUUAUUGCUUUCCACUUGUACUCUGUUCUUACAUCUCGCACGUACAACCAACUAUUUGCUGCAAACGCGUUUACUAACAAGAGCCCCUCACAGAUAUACGAAAGUGCAAAGUUGCUACUCGAGGAUCUAGAGGAGUGGAGGUUGCUAAUACCAGAUCUUUUGAGGCCAACCGUGAAGUUGAACCCGAGAUUCACGGACUAUAUCAAAAAGGAGAAGAAGGAAAGAACCGGUCUUUCCAUUUAUUACAUCUACGUAUUUGUGUCCCUUUAUUACCGCUACUAUCAUAUUAAGGCAAUUAUCAACAAGGCCAUUGUGAAAAUCAAGUACACACAUUUGACGAGAGAGAUCUCAGGCCCACUUGCUGAGAAAAUGAAUGAGGCUGGGAAGGCCUGUGUGGAGGCAUCGAUGAUCAUAUUGAACAUGAGCACCAUGCUGAAGGACUCGGAGUUUGGGAAGUUCUGUAUGUAUCAUCCAUUUAGUGCAUUCAUAACUUUAUCGGCAAGCGUAAUGCAGAACCCGAAAGCACCAAACACCAAGGAGCAGGUGAACGUGUUAAUAAAGUCAGCCAAGAACUUCUUUUCAAACUUCCAAAGGAAAACCGCCGUUGAUAAAGGCUGGGUUGCGGAUGAGAUUGCACGUCGGAUGCUUUAUAUCGUCGUUAACGUUGUGGAAGAGAGCAAUCCUUCUUUAAAGUUUGAUUGCGGUGAUUUGUUUGAAGAAAUCACGAGUUCAUCGAAAAUGUCUGGAACGGCACAAAAGCCAAACACAAAUUGCUCUGUUGAUGAUGGUGGUCCGAGAAAGAAGGCAAAGAAACCGUUUUCUGGAAAUCAGAACUUCUACAACGUCCCGGUUGCUUCACUAAUAGCACCGCCUGCUUUAAGUUACAGGGCUCCGGAUGGAACUGUUCGUCCCUCAUUACAGCACCAACCGCUAAUGAACGGAUCUGACGGUAAGCAGCAGGAUAUCAUCAAAGCAAAUCAAACUGCCGAUCCUCAUAAUCCUUCAGCACCAUUUGAGGGAGGAACCUUCUCGUUUGAUUCGUUGGCAGAGACACAGGAAGAUCCAUCAUUGAAUGGAAUUGCAUCUAAUGAUGCUGGAAACCUGGAUAGUCUUUUGAAGCUGUUCUCGAAGAACGAAACUACACCUACAAACGAUAGUGAUAUUCCCACAUCAGAUACGCUGCCUUCAGAUGGUGAGUCACUUUUCCAAAAUAUCUUUAAUAUCCCAAGCCUUCAGGUGGAUCUUGCUAGUACAAAUCACUUUAUGGGGAGUCCAUCGGAUAUGUUAUAA